CACCCGACGCUCCUUAUUACGUCGACGCGUUUCUGGGGAUCUCAAUUCUCAAUCCGCCCAGUAGCGGAGCAGGAAUCCGAUCUCCCUCGAUCGCAGAUUCCGUUAACCUCGUCGUUUUUCCGGCGAACCGCGCUGCCUGGGAGACCACCGCAGUCACUCCUGUUUCCGCGAUGAAUCCCGAGUAUGACUACUUGUUCAAACUCUUGCUUAUUGGCGAUUCAGGUGUUGGAAAAUCAUGCCUACUUCUAAGAUUCGCUGAUGAUUCCUACUUGGAAAGUUACAUUAGCACUAUUGGAGUUGAUUUUAAAAUUCGCACUGUUGAGCAGGACGGGAAGACUGUUAAACUUCAAAUUUGGGAUACUGCUGGGCAAGAGCGAUUCAGAACUAUUACCAGCAGCUACUACCGCGGUGCUCAUGGUAUCAUUGUGGUCUACGAUGUCACAGACCAAGAGAGCUUUAAUAAUGUAAAGCAGUGGUUGAAUGAGAUUGAUCGAUACGCAAGUGACAAUGUGAAUAAGCUUCUGGUUGGGAACAAGUGUGAUCUGCUUGAAAACAAAGUUGUUUCAUACGAGACAGCCAAGGCUUUUGCUGAUGAGAUUGGUAUCCCUUUCUUGGAAACUAGUGCAAAAAAUGCUACUAAUGUGGAGCAAGCAUUCAUGGCCAUGACUGCUGCCAUCAGGAGCAGGAUGGCGAGCCAACCCGCCAUGAACAGUGCCAAACCACCAACAGUACAAAUUCGUGGACAGCCUGUUGACCAGAAGAGCAGCUGCUGCUCUUCUUGAAGCGGUUGUUCUCCGGCAACGCCGAGCGACUUCCUACCUAUUUAGAUUGAUGCUUAUGUUUCGCUCUCCAUAGAUUCGUAAAUUGCUCCAUUCUUUCCUAGCUAUUAAUUGUGUACAAGUUGAUUAUCUAAUAGUAUAAUCAGUUUUCAUCAGCUUUUGCUGUUGUCCUAAUUCUCCGAUCUAUCGGAGAAUUCACGUUAUGAUGUGCUGAUCUUGUCUCAAUAUCAAACGGUGUUAAACAAUAUAAAAUGAAUUCAUGUUUCUUAAGAAAUUAAUUUUCUCAUGUAA